GUUGCUCUCUCCCGCGUUUUUAUAUAAAGGCCCUGCCAAACUGCCCCAACCUCCAUCCGACUCAUCCUCACCCGCCGGAAAGAAAAAAGAUCUAAACUUUUCUUCCCCAUCUUCCCCAAACUCAUCGUCCACGCAGAUCCAAAACUCGGCCUCAGAUCCCUCUCCUCCUUCUCCGAGCUUUCCGAUUCUCUCUGCCAUGAUCUGCGCGCCCCCGCUGACUCAAGCUCCGCCGGCGACGCUAGCCGGGUUCCGACGGGUCUCCGCCACCGCCAGGACGGUCAGGUGCGCGGUGGCCGUCGCGUCGUCUGUGCCGGCGUUGGCGUCGGCAGGGCGGUGCACGCUGUACGAGGUGCUGGGGCUGCGGGCGGGCGCGACGGGGCGGGAGAUCAAGGCGGCGUACCGGCGCCUGGCGCGGGAGCGCCACCCCGACGCGGCCGGAGCUGGCGGGGACGAAGAGUUUAUCAGGCUUCACCAUGCCUACGCCACGCUCUCCGACCCCGACGCCCGCGCGCGCUACGACCGCUCCGUCGUCGCCCACGCCUACUACGGCGGCGGCGGCAGCAGCACGGGCGGCGACGACGGAGGCGUCUGGGGCCGCCGCCGGCCUCGCCGUACAUGGGAGACCGACCAGUGCUGGUAGGAUCUCGACAUCCACGGCGGCUCGGGGCCGCCGCCGCCGCUGACGGCUCUCUUGUUUGUGAAUACUACUGCCUCUGACACACGUACCAGCGCGGCCAUGGCCGCUCACCUUGGAUAUUUUUUACAUUCGGUGACCCACGACCCAUGCGUCUCUACUUCUUCUUCAUCUUCUUCUUCUUCUUUUUUUUUGCUCUUCUGAAUGUUCUAGAUUCAGAUUGUACAGUAAUGGAUCUUCAGAAACAUGCUCCUGUAGGUAGAAUUUGACCUUCAAUUGUUGAUACCAUGUAAUACCACUACUACUGAUCCAAGGUUUGAACAGAAACCAAUCUUCCUUUUCUUCUUGUUGCUGUUCUGAAAUCAGAUUGUACACUGAUGAAUCUUCAGAAACAUGCUCCUGUAGGCAGAAUUUGACCUUUAAUUGUUUAUACUGUGUAACACUA